UUUCAAUUCAUUUUGGUUUUCCGCUAGACUCUCAAAACGGGAACCAACACUCGCCUCUAAUAUUGCACGUGUACACCCCGUUUUCUUCCUUUUCAUGUCGGACUCCAUUCGGCAUCACUUCUAAACGUUGAUCACCGUAACUCUCGAUCAGCACCAAGAUGUCCGGAGGCAUUGACGCUCUUGCUCUUAAAGAGGAAGAUAUCACCAAAUUCCUAGCAUGUUCAACACAUCUAGGAGGAACCAAUGUUGAUUUUCAGAUGGAACAGUACAUGUUCAAGAGGAAGCCUGAUGGUGUUUACAUCAUUAACCUAAGGAAAACCUGGGAGAAGCUGCUCCUUGCUGCUCGAGCCAUUGCUGCCAUUGAGAACCCUGCAGAUGUGUGUGUGAUCUCUGCCAGGCCAUAUGGUCAGCGUGCUGUUCUCAAGUUUGCCUCUGCUGUGGGUGCUACACCCAUCGCUGGCAGGUUUACUCCAGGAACCUUCACUAACCAGAUCCAGGCUGCUUUCCGUGAGCCCCGCCUUCUGGUCGUAACUGACCCAAGAACUGACCACCAGCCAGUGACCGAGGCUUCAUAUGUGAACAUCCCGGUCAUUGCCCUCUGCAACACUGACUCACCACUGAGGCAUGUGGACAUUGCCAUCCCAUGUAACAACAAGGGACCCCAGUCCAUUGGUCUGAUGUGGUGGUUGCUGGCUCGUGAGGUGCUCAGACUGAGGGGAACCAUCAGCAGAGAACACCCCUGGGAUGUCAUGGUGGACCUGUACUUCUACAGGGACCCUGAAGAGGCUGAGAAGGAAGAACAGGUUGCCACAGCUGACAAGACUGCGGCCAAGGACGGAGACCAGUGGGCCCCAGACGCUGGACCCACCAUGCAGUCAGCCCCGGAGGUCACAGACUGGUCUGCUGAGCCUUCCAUGCCCUCCCAGUCUAUGGGUGGUCAGUUCAUGGCCUCCCAGGCCCCAGUGGAGGACUGGUCGGCUCCUGCUGAUGACUGGUCCAAGCAGGUGCCCGCUACUGGCGGCGCUGCACCAGCCACGGCUAAUUGGGGUGGCGACUCUGUGGAAAACUGGAGCUAGACACUUAGCAUGUUAGCAUGGACAUUGUUCACUGGAGCAUCUGGAAAGUGUUGAAAAAUAAAUUUUCCAAAUAAAA